ACGGCGGAGAGCUCGCGAAGCGCACCUGGACGUAAUCGCUGCCGGACGUGCACACACACUGAUACAGGCGCAUGUUGAGUGACAUACGCUUCCACAUGUCAUGGCCUAAUAUUCCGAGUUUAUUCGAAUUGAAAUGAACGAAAAGGGAGAAGAGAGCGUUCUCAGUGUGCUGCGGAUUCGUCCUCAGCGCCGCGAGCUUUGUCAUCGUUUCUGUCGUGAUUUUGUUCAGCCUGUCCUGUCAGUCACUUGACGAGGGCGUGCGUUGGUGUUUCCGCUCCGUUACAUCUCAGCUGGCCUUCCGUCUUUGUUUUAUUAACCGUGGAGGUGAAUUCUCCAUGACUCCAUGAUCCGACCGAGAAAACGGGCUCUCGCGUCUCCCGGACACAGCUGCUUCAGUCAGACUUGACAACCCGGAUUUUUUUUCUUCUUCAGUCUGAUUGUUUUGUCGGGGGUUGAUUGAGGAAGCGCGGAAGAAAAAUCCCCCUCAUUCGAGGGGCGACUCGACCCCUUUAAUUUCCGCCACAUCCCCACCCCUGGUCCCCACCCCCGUCUUUUCCCGGAGCCCCGUUUUCAUAUGGGGGGUAAGCAGAGUACGGCGGCCCGGCCGCGGCCCCCGUUUCCCGGCGUCUCUACAGACGACAGCGCGGUGCCGCCAUCGGCCCACUUCGGUCACUUCCGGACGGCAGGGACGAUGGGGCUCCGCAGCCGCUCGGUGAGCUCCGUGGCAGGUAUGGGCAUGGAGCAUAACGGCCCGGUGCCCUUCGGUUUUUACACCACCACCAGCGCAGCCACACAAGCCGCCCCGCCCAGAGCCACGGAGCCGGACCGGGCCGCGGCGGGACAGGGCUCCGGCUCGGGCUCGGACUCGGUACGCGCUCACGGCUACCGCGAGACAGGCGGGGAUGGGCGGCACACGGACGGCGUGCUGUACCUGGGCUCGCGGGGAUCACUGGCGGACACGCUGCCUCUGCACAUCGCGCCCCGCUGGUUCAGCGCACACAGCGGUUUCAAGUGUCCUGUUUGCUCCAAGUCAGUGGCGUCCAAUGAAAUGGAGGUUCACUUCAUCAUGUGUCUAAGUAAGCCCCGCCUCUCAUACAACGAUGACGUGCUGGCAAGAGACGCAGGCGAGUGUGUGAUCUGUCUGGAGGAGCUGCAACAGGGAGACACCAUCGCUAGACUUCCGUGCCUCUGCAUCUAUCACAAAAGCUGUAUAGACACAUGGUUUGAGAUCAACCGCUCCUGCCCAGAGCAUCCUUCUGACUGACCUCCAUUCCCUCAUACUACUGCUGAGAAAGGGCACUUUAUGGACCUGCACAUAGCUAUCUGGACACUGAUGUAACCAAAUAAAACAAUCAGUCCUAUUUAUUCGAUCAGAUUGGAUCAAACCUGCGGCGAUGGUGACGCGGAAACCAAAUAGAAGAACAGAACACACCGUCGAGUGUUAUUUUCACACGUAUCCCACAAUCCCCUUGCCUGCUCUACUAGCUAGCGACCGCGCUACCCGCUAACUGCCCCCAUUUUAGUGACCGAUGCUGGAUCUUUGUCCCCUGGAGUCUCAGGUCUUCGGAGUUCUCCUGCGUUCCUCUGAUGUACCUGUCCAACAGGAAGAUUGACAAAGGGCUCACAGCUGGAGGAGGGGCCAGGGCCAAACAAAACCAAUCAGAUGGCCGUGCCAAUUGUGGAAUAUGCUGAAUAGAUGGGUGUUGCUUGUGCUUCAUGUUGUCCUUAUUUGAAAAUGGGGGUGUGGCAUAGGGGCGGGGUUAGGUGUAGAGGCAUACCUGGAUUAUGGGGUUGGAAUUCACGUGGGUGUGUGUUCUAUGCGCCAAAGCAGGGUGUGUGUGUGUGUGUGUGUGUGUGUGUGUGUGAAGUUUACAUUUUGCUGUGCUAUGAACGUUUCAGUCUGAUUUGUGUGUGUGGGUGCGGGUGUGCAGGGGGUGGGGUUGGCAGCAUUGGGAAUUGAAAUUUCCCACUGAGUCACAUCGGAACGUUUACUGAUGUUUCAUUUACAUUUUCAAUUUACAAUGUCACUCCAAUUCCUCCCAUGAGUGUGUGUGUGUGUGUGCGUGUGCGUGUGUGUGUGUUUGUGUGCGUGUGUGUUUGUGUGCGUGCUUGCUCGUAGACAUCUGGAAAGCUGCUUAAUGUCUGGAUGUGGAACCACAGACAGACUGGUGUGAAACUGUUGCGAGAUACGAUCUUCCUCUCCUCUUUUUUUUUUCUUUACAAUCCUGUGAGAAAACUCUCACAAAAAUAAACUCUUGAAGCUCCUGGAUGCCUCUGCUGUAUAAAGAACAUCCGCUAUUAGAAAAAUGUGAGAAUUGUAAGAAAAAAAAAAUCCACAAGGGAAAUAUGAUGGACAGAAACAGCCUGAAAAGGACUGAAGGGUAAGAGGCGGGGCCAUGCAAACUGACCACUCAAAUGGCAGUCCUGAUCCCGCUGGUAUGAUGAGGUGGGCCUUGCUUGUACUUCGUGUUAUCUUCAUUGGGAAAUGGAGGUGUGGGGUGAGGAUGGAAAUGAUCGCAAAGCGAAUUGGAAAGCAGGAAAUGCGCACUUGGUGACGAUGGAGCGUCGUUAAGGGACGCUUUCAUUUCCUGCUUUCCAUCAUUUCAUUUUUUUUAUGGGUAAUACAUUUCUGAAGAUGUGAAUGGAUGCCUGUUUUUAGGAUGUACAAACUUAAUUGUCUGAUGACUUUGAUGUGCAGUCUGUGGGCUGAGUAAUACUGAUAAUGAUAUCUAUAAUUAAAAAAGACAAAAUAAUGGA